AUGGAUCCAAUCAUCAUCACCACAGAUCUCGUCUUGACACCGCAGCUAGUGACCCAGGUUGCUCGUGAAAUGCCUCGAAUCUCGCUCUCCGAGGAGUCCCGAGCAGCGAUCGAGCAAUGCCGAGCGAGUCUAGAAACGGUGCUCAAUGACGGCUCCCCCCACUACGGUAUCAACACAGGGUUCGGAUCACUAUCAAAUCAACGAAUCGAGCAUGAGGAUCUAGAGAAUCUUCAAAGGAACCUGAUCCGUUCUCAUGCCGCAGGGAUUGGGGAUCCACUCGAGGAUGAGAUAGUUCGUGGGAUGAUGUUCGUUCUUGUCUGUUCAUUGAGCAGAGCAAAGUCCGGAGUGCGAGUUGAACUCGUCGAGCUCCUGAUUUCUAUGCUGAAUCACGGCAUCACCCCGAUCGUUCCAGAGCUGGGAUCAGUUGGCGCAUCGGGAGAUCUUGCGCCACUCGCUCAUGUCGCUCAAGCAAUGAUCGGUGAGGGGAAAGUCAAGGUCCAAGGGCGGGAAGUGGACGCUCUUGCUGCAUUACAAGACGCCAGCAUCAAACCCAUGACCCUCAAAGCGAAGGAAGGGCUCGCGCUCAUAAACGGCACUCAUCUGAUGACGGCCCGAUUCUCCCUCAUUUACCAGGAUCUCGAACAACUCAUUGAUACCGCAUUAAUAGCCAACGCAAUGUCGAUCGAUGCGGCUCGCGCUUCGCAUGGAUACCUCGAUCCGCGGAUCUAUGAGGCACGAAACCAACCCGGUGCAUCGGAGGUCGCAACAACAAUGCGAUCGCUCCUAGACGGCAGUACGAUUGUUGAAUCGCACGCAGAGAAUGAUCCACGCGUUCAGGAUCCGUACUCAUUCCGUUGCGCCCCGCUGGUGAUGGGGGCGGUGCUUGAUUCACUCAGAUCUUGCCAGUCCAGCUUGCUCAAUGAACUGGGUGCAGUCACUGACAAUCCACUCAUCUUUGAGACGACGAAGGAAACCCCAGACAUUGUUUCAGCAGGAUGUUUCCAUGGCAUGCCGGUCGCGCUGCCGCUCGAUACGCUCGCGAUCGGUAUUGCGCAUCUUGCAGGAAUCUCCGAGCGCCGUAUGUACCAUAUUCUGUCAGUCUUCGAUCCCGAAUCCCAACUCCGUGCAUUCAUGAGUCCCAAGCCGGGCGUCAUGUCCGGAUUCAUGAUCGUUCAGUACGCAGCCGCGGCGAUUUGCAACGAACUCAUCGGUCUCGCGAACCCCGCGAGUGUCGCGAAUCUAUCAACCUGUGCUGGGAUGGAGGAUUACAACUCAUUCGGUCCACGCAGUGCCGCCAAGGCAAGCAGAGCGCUCAAACUCGCUCGAUCUGUGAUUGCAUCUGAGUUGCUUUGCUCCGCUGAAGGGAUUGAGUGUCAUCGUCCGCACACUUCGGGUCAUCGCAUCGAGGCUGCGAUCACAGCCAUCCGCGAGGUUGUCGCACCCCUCACUGAGGACCGGACUCCAUCGCCUGAUAUCGCUGCGAUCGAGGAGCUGAUUCGUAGUGAUCGCUUCGCAUUCGAACUCUGA